CCUAACCCUACCCUGGUGGACACCAUAACCCUAACAUAGGGCUAAAGUUCCAUUGAAAAGAGGACGAUUUUAAAAAAGCCUUCCUUGAGUAGCUGUUUCUGCACAGCUCAUCAUUUCUACAUAUUGUGAAAUGCACCACUGACUCUUAAGACCUUGCAAAGAUGACAGAACUUGGUAUAGCUCACAAGUUACUUCUCAAAAAGAAUUCCUGUCUUGAAAAUCCCCUUUGACACUUUUAUGUAUUGUGGUUCUUCAGAUCUUUGGAGAACACAUCAAAAGGUUGCAGUUAUUUUUUCUGCUCGAAGAAUAAUCUGAUGUCACAGUGCAUUCUCCUCAACUCCAGACAGAGUGACUUGGUGGGCAGGCAGCAUUCGUGCUAUUUUUACCUUCCGAUGAUUGUCUGGAUACAUUAUGCAUCUCACCAUGUUUGCACAAUUGUCCUUAUUUUAGGUACCCUGGAAUUGAACUAAUGUCUGUGAAGGAAGAGCAGGUUUUUUCUAAAAUACUUGCUCCCCAAACAUUACAAGCAUUCCUCAAUGAUUCUGGUUUCAUUUUGCUCUGAAUUGCUCUUUAAAUGGUCAUGGUUAGGGAUGUCUUUGCACAUCACGGGCCGGCUUGUCCUGCCUUUCAGAGCUGUGCAGGCAGUGGUGUAGAGUUGCAGGAGUUUGUGUAUUUGAUACUCUGUAUGGGUGCUGCAUGAGAGCAUCUCCACAGAGUGCUUUCUGCCCUCUGAGUAACGGAAUCGGCCAUAGGACAUGCAAAACGCUGCAUGUGGCAAGCCAGCUGAAUUCUGUAGCCUCUGAUAGUGCCGAAAAAGUGUGGAACAUCUUUCAAUGACCUCAGUUACCUCUUGGUAAGCACAAACUUUUCAGGGAGAGAACAUGCAUUAAAGUGGCUAAAUUAGUUUCCCUUUGGAGGGAGGCUGCUCUUGAAUACCGAAUGGUUUUGGCUAUGGAGGUCCAGGUUGCCGCUGGCUGAUUGGCUAGAAAGGACAUGCCCUCUGCAUGUGCUUAGGGGCAUUUUUACCAAUUUUACCCAUUUUCCCAUUAGUCCUGCUGGCUAAUGGGAAUCUUUUUUGGCUUCUAAGACUGGACAUCGUUCGUGGACCACUGUGGUGAAAUAAUACCUUCUCUCACACCAGUUCCUUGUACAAAUAUUAAAAGAGUGUUUUUUUAUGCAGCUAGCUAUAUUCUUGCUUGGGAGCCUUGUUUUCUUGGAAGUCUACUAAGCUGAUUUUUAAAUUUUAUUUAUGAGAACACUGUUACAGCACCUUUUGGCCCUAAAAGAGUGCUCGGGGUGGCAGGGAAAAAACUAUACCCAGAACCAUUAAGACUAAAAGUCAGAAUGAAAAUAGCAAGGUUAAAAUAUGCUAAAGGUCUCCUGGAAUAAAAAUGUCUUAACUUCCCAUCUAAAAGAGUGGGGAGGUCAACUUUCAUUCUUCUCUAAUAUUUCUGAAAUUCUUUUCUAAUUAAGCACAGGGCAGCAAAAAGGCGUAGCCGGCCAAGGUUCAGCCAUACCGCAUGUUCCCCCUACUUCCUCCAAAAUGUCACCAUCUGUAGCUUAAAACAUGAUCAAAUCUUAGAAGAAGCAGACUGUUCAUUUCCCGAAAGAAAUGGGCAGUGCAAAGCUUAACGUAGUGUCACUGCUGGGAAAUUUCAGAUCUUUCUGACAAUUCUGAAUCAUCUUCUAGAAUUGCAAUAAGCCUAAAAAUGUUUUUCUUGUAUGAGUAAGUGUGUCCUUUUGCCAUAUAACUUCUCUGCUCCAUACACACACUUGCAACACAACCUUGGACAACUUCAUUUGGUGAGUGGCUGCUGCUCCUCUGGAUAUGCGUAAUUUGACUUUGUCUGUAUUGCUUCAGUAUUGCUUUAAUUCUUCUGAACUUGCUCUAUAAUUUUUAACAGCUACUAUUUAACAGGAGCAUAACUAUUUCUUUAACCAAAACAAAAUGAAAAAUUUAAUUGCAUAGUGAUUUUUAGUGGUGGUGGCUGUUUCUUCUCAAAAAAACAAAAUAAACUUGUACAGCUUUGAACAAAGCACUUUGUAUCUAUACCAUGUGCGUAUUAAAACCUGGUGGGCCCUUAUUAAUGAUUUCUAUCUCAUUAAAAUCAAGUGAAUAACAAGUAUCUCUGUAUGAAUAUUGUGAUUUUCAUACUAUUUCUUACUGUAUAUGGUUAUCUUUAAAAAAGAAGAACAAUUUUGGAAAGCAUAACCUUGACCUUUGACUAUUUCAUACGGGCUAUUUUAAAAAUGAUACUGCAAAAUAAAGGCUUUCUUAUUGUCCUAGUGCCCAUUACCUAUUUUAGAUUUUAUCACAAAAAAGUGGCUAUUAGAAAAGAGUAGCAAUGCACAUCAAAUUCUCAUUUCUCAAUUCUGUACCAAAGCAUCAAAGGCUCAUUGUGUAGAAAGGAAAAAUGCUUUUAACAGAAAUCUCUUAAUUAGAACAAAGAAACUAAUUGAGUUCUACAGUCACAUUAUACAUAAGUGUUUGAAAGCAGAAAUAUUACUGUUGGUGUCUGGAGCAGUUGAAUGAACCUUCUGGUCUAGACAGUUGGAAUUCUGAUGAGUAAGUUCCUAAGUCGUUAAAAAAUGAGCUGACUCAGAUCAGGAUAUUUCAGCAGGGACAAGGAAAUGAAAUUGCCAUGCAACAAACACAGUGAUGGCUAUUAAGUUAUUUUCAGGUGGAGGUCUGUGUGCAUUUUUGUGUGAUACUGGCUCUGUGUCCAUUCCCCUCUUCAUACUCUCACUUUCCUCCUGUUCAUUCUCUCUCUGUCCUUCCUGAACACAUGCACACAUUCAUAACGCAUGAGGAGAGUUUGUUACUCAUACGCACUGUGCACACCCUACUCAUGCCAUGCGACUUUCCACAUUUUUGCUGCAUAGUGUCUUUGCUACACAUCUUUGCUACACAUCUUCUCCCCAGUCAAACAUCUGCUCAUUUAUCCUGACAGUUUGUAUGCCAUCACUUUGAUUUCCUUUUGAGGUUUUUGAGCAGCUAGAGUAUUUCCAAUAUUGUGCAAGACUGAUGCCACUCUUCCGAGGGUGGAGUCUCAGUUCCAGUCUUGGAAGGCAUUUCCAUGGUCAGAGCUGGGACAUCCUUAAACUGCCAACAUACCAGAUGGCAACUUUCAGAUUAAGCAAAUUUUGCAGGCUCAGUGCUUAGAGUAGAUCUGGUGCUCCUGUUGAGCAAUGCACUCUUCCUGUACGUUCUGAGUUCUUCUUUGAGGCCUCUUACAAUAUUUAUUGUGUCAAAUGGGAUGGAAUUCUAUUGAUACGCAAAACUUGAUGAAGAAACGUUGCUACUCAACAUUAAAAGUUACUUAAUUUUGCUUAAAAUCUCUUUAAAUCUAGAGUCAUCUUGCUGUCCAUUGAAUUUACUUCUGAAGUCCACAUUUCUUUUGGAAAUAACGUAAGUACUUGUGUUUAACCUACUGACACACAUUGUGAAUUGUCCUCUUUCAAGAUUUGUUUGCUUAAAGCUCCUCCAUCUAAAAUAUGCAACAUUCUGUAUAGCCUGUUAUGAAAGCAGCUUUGCAGAAGUUAACUCCUGCUUAGAAAAGUACCCUAAAAUGCAGCCUCUGUCUUUCCAGUGUGACAACUGUAGUGUAAAUAUGGGUGUGGCGUAUUCAUCCCCUUUGUGUCAUUGUGCACCACAGUAGCUCAGCUUUUGUUUCUUCACGGCGUGUGCCACACACAAGUUGCAGCCCUUUGUAUGAUCGGUCCCUGAUCAAGUCGAUCAGAGGUUGUUGUGUGAUGUUCAAACGCAGGCGCACGACCUGCAUUUAAACGACCGAGAACCAAUUGCAUGUGAGCAGGGCCUUCCCCUUUCAUGGAUCCCAUGACCAGCCCCUUUGUUGUUGAGUGUGGCCUCUUAACCUGGACUGAUGGGUUGUUUAGUCCCUAAUCAAUUGUUCUAACAAACCUUUGCGAACUCCAGGCAGAUCUGCCUAUGUCAGAAACAGAAAAUAAGGAAAACUGUUCAGUGAUAUCACGCGGGACCACCCAACCCCCUUUCCCAGUCCAGCUCUCCUCUAUCCAGGGCUGCUUCUCCCAAGGGGGCAGCUUUGUAUUCACACUGCUGUGCGAUGCAUAGCCGGUUCUGGGUCUCUGUGUUACUGCAUGCUCUUGCCUUUCGGUCUGACUUCAGGCACUACCUUUUUCAGCUCUGUUUUAUGUCACGCGGUAUUGCAACAGUAUAACUCGCUAGAGCUUAAACUGUGGUAUAAACAUUUCUGUCUGUGUGUGUUUAUGUGCAAGUUACUUUUGCUAGACUAUUGGAAUAACUACAGAAAAAUCAUCAGUGACAUUUAGGGAAAAGACUAAGACAAAACAAUGUCAUUUACUCGUAAGGGCCGGGACGUAGGUUUCAAGCCUCAUUAUUUGCCAUUUGCUUCUUCAACUUGUUAUUAAUUAUUGCUUCUCCUGUACUGAACAGUUUUAAAACUGCUAUCCACCUUGCAUGUUUGUAUGAAAAGGGUGAGAUAGACAUUUUAAAGCAAUUAUGCUAGACAAAGGUGACCAACACAGAAGAAGACGGGACCCUCACUUGUUUUGAUAACUGUGUAGAACACAGAAUGGCCUGGUUUGCAAGCAACAAUUCUAAGUGCGGGUUGUUGUUGAACUGUGGGUUGUGUUAAGACCUGCAUUCUGGUUGUGGAUGGCUAGCCAUAAACAACCCAGAGUUCACAAUCCAGCAAUAAGCCAUGGAUUCUCUUCCUGGGUCGUAUCUUUGCCUUUGGUCCUGCCCAAUAGUGGAUUGCAAAGCCCAAGGGCUUCUCCAAUUUGGAGAGUUUGGAUUUUGAGCCGAAAGAGGCAUGACGGUCCUUCGCAAAGGUAAAUGGCUUGUUUUCAUUGACUUGGCCGCUGGACCAAGAUGACGUUACAAGAGAGGCCAGGGAAGGAUGUUGCAGCAGUUGCUGUGAUAGCGCAGUACUUUGUCCUGCCAAGGAAUCCGAAGUUAGUAUCCAGUAAACACUGAACUGAUGUAGCUUUUGAAAGUCAUAAACAACCCUGCUAAGUCUCUCUUAGCUCUGACACAAAUAUUUAAAGAAAAAGCUAUGAUACUUUGGCUGCAUGAUGUAAUGCUUAUAUUGCUCAACUAGAUUAAAAGUAUAAUAUUUAAAGAAGAGAGAACUUCUCGAAAUCUUUAAAAUAUUUGAAUUGAGCUAAGAGACUUGGAACAAAUAUUUAUUUCCUUGUUAGUCUCUUAAAAACAGUUGUAGUGUAGGUUGCGUUCCUUCAGCCUUAACUGUCUGGCCACAUUUUAGGAUGAAACCAAGAAAGGAAGCUAACAAUCUGUUACUAAUUUUUUCCCUGCUCUCUUAUACCUGUGAUCUUCAGCCACCAAGUAUGUGCUGCUGCUGACUUCCAAGCCCUUCUAACAUUUAAGCAAUAAUUCUAAAACUGAGCCAUCUAAACCCUGAUCUUGCUUUUUGUGUGUUGCUGCUGCUGCUGCUGCUUCUGCUUUUGCCUUGAAAAAAAAACCUUGGACGCUCCAAAGGACAGGAGACAAAUAGACUUUAGAAGAAAAAGCAAGUAAUCCAUUAUGAAUUUUAAGCUAAGACUACGGAUCGUUCUGUUGUUCCCUGUGUACUUCUUAAUUAAUGUGUACAGUGCCCUUGCAUUCAUACCAUGGUAUUUUCUUACCAAUGCGAAGAAGAAAAAAGCUAUGGCAAAGCGCUUAAAAGCUAAGCCCAUCUUGGACAAGCCUGGAAGCCCCUACCGAGCCAUUUCACAUUUUGAGUCAUUAGCCACCAUAGACUUUCCUGGAGCAGAUACUCUGGAUAAAUUGUUUGACCAUGCUGUAGCGAAGUUUGGGAAGAAGGAUUGUCUUGGAACAAGAGAGAUCCUGAGUGAAGAGAAUGAAAUACAGCCCCAUGGGAAAGUAUUUAAAAAGCUAAUCCUAGGAAACUAUCAAUGGCUUAACUAUGAAGAAACUAACCAGAAAGUGAACCACUUUGGCAGUGGACUAGUUGCACUUGGGCUAAAACCAAAGGUCACAGUUGCUAUAUUCUGUGAGACGAGAGCUGAAUGGAUGAUCGCAGCACAAGCCUGCUUCCGGUUUAACUUUCCUCUGGUUACAUUGUACGCAACCCUUGGGGAAGAAGCAGUCGCCUACGGACUGAAUGAAUCUGGAGCAUCGUACCUAAUCACAAGUGUAGACCUUCUAGAAAGCAAACUUAAGAAUGUACUGUCCGAAAUCCCUUGCCUCCGACAUAUCAUUUACGUGGAUAAGAGAACUAUCAAUACGGCAGACUAUCCCAAAGGAAUGGAGAUCCACAGCAUGGAAGCAGUAGAGGAAUUGGGAGUCAGACCAGAGAACUUAAACAUCCCUCCAUCUCGGCCUUCGCCGACAGACAUGGCCUUAGUAAUGUACACCAGUGGUUCCACGGGAAGGCCCAAAGGAGUGAUGAUGAUGCACAAAAACUUGAUAGCUGGAAUGACAGGACAGUGUGAGCGAAUCCCUGGACUGGGGCCCAAGGACACGUAUAUCGGCUACCUGCCUCUGGCUCAUGUAUUAGAACUGACAGCAGAAAUUUCCUGUCUUACAUAUGGCUGCAGGAUCGGAUACUCCUCCCCACUCACACUCUCCGACCAGUCAAGUAAAAUUAAGAAGGGCAGCAAAGGAGAUUGUUCUGUUCUGAAACCCACAUUGAUGGCAGCUGUUCCUGAAAUCAUGGAUCGAAUUUAUAAGAAUGUUAUGAGUAAAGUUCAAGAGAUGAAUUACAUCCAGAAGACAUUGUUCAAGAUAGGCUAUGACUAUAAAUUGGAACAAAUCAAAAGAGGAUAUGAUGCACCUCUGUGUAACUUGCUAUUGUUUAAGAAAGUGAAAGCACUGCUAGGAGGGAAUAUACGCAUGAUGCUUUCAGGAGGGGCACCCCUUUCACCACAGACACAAAGAUUCAUGAAUAUCUGUUUCUGCUGCCCUGUUGGCCAAGGUUAUGGGCUCACAGAAACCUGUGGAGCCGGGACAAUUACAGAAGUCUGUGACUACAGCACUGGAAGAGUAGGAGCACCUCUCAUCUGCUGUGAGAUUAAACUUCGAGACUGGCAAGAAGGAGGUUAUACCAGUAGAGACCAGCCAAACCCUCGGGGGGAGAUUAUAAUUGGUGGACCUAAUGUCUCCAUGGGAUACUUUAGAAACGAAGAGAAGACGGCAGAAGAUUUCCUUGUGGACGAAAGCGGUCAGCGAUGGUUUUGCACCGGAGACAUCGGCGAAUUUCACCCAGAUGGCUGCCUACAAAUCAUCGAUCGUAAGAAAGAUUUGGUGAAGUUGCAAGCAGGAGAAUAUGUAUCCCUUGGCAAAGUUGAGGCAGCUCUGAAAAACUGUCCGCUUAUAGACAAUAUCUGUGCUUAUGCCAACAGUGACCAGUCUUACGUCAUCAGUUUUGUUGUUCCCAAUCCGAAGAAACUGACUGAUCUUGCGGAACAGAAGGGUGUGGCUGGCAACUGGGCAGACAUCUGCAACAACCCGAUCAUGGAAUCAGAAGUGCUGAAAGAGAUUAAAGCGAUGGCUAAUAAAAUGAAACUGGAGAGAUUUGAAGUACCAGUCAAAGUGCGUUUAAGCCCAGACCCGUGGACUCCAGAGACUGGCCUGGUCACAGAUGCUUUCAAAUUGAAAAGGAAAGAGCUGAAGAACCAUUACCUCACUGACAUUGAGCGAAUGUAUGGAGGCAAAUAACCUCCCAAGCACCCCAUGUCUGAAGCUCCGCAGCGUUCCUUCUGUGACUGAGUAACAAGUUCUCCAGAGGUUGCCUGCGAUGAGAAUGGAGAGCUGCAGUUUUGCAAAACUGGUGAAAGAAGGAAUAGCUGUGCUGGCCUUCGUGACUACAUUUCCAAGAUGCUGUCAAAGUGACUGACCCACUGCCAUCGUUUUACCAAUCACCCCCGUGCUGACAGGCUGCGUUCACAUGAAUCCCCCUUACUGGAUAAUCCAUUGUUUCUACCUUUCUGUUUGGCCUCCUCUUAACGCAUAAGGAAUUAGAUCUUUUUUUCAUUAAAAAGGAGGGGAAAAUGCGUCUGAUUGUAAUGUAUGCACUCUGGAUGGAAAGAAUAGGCAGAACCAAGCUGGUAUCUUCCAAAAUGCUGCUGAAAAAUCUGCUAUCUCAGGUCCUUAGCUAGAAGAAAACAGCGUCUUUUAACUUGACUGUCAAUGGAGGCACUAAGAAACAGAGAGAGGAAGUGGCUCUCUUGAAAUGGUACUUUCAUGUAGCCAAAACUAGACAGACCCAAGUUGUGGGAAUGUCUUUGCACCAUAUUCAGCAGAGAUUCACUGCUAGUGAUCAGUGAAAUUUAUUAUUGCACAUUUAAUGUCACCUUAACUUCUGUCUUUACCUGACUAUCAUGCAGCUAGCCAUAGUUCAGGCUGCUACCAGACAUUUUGGCUACGUGGAAAUACUUGGGAGAGACAUCUGUGGUACUUUUGAGAGUAUUAAGGGCCCAGUUUCUCCUUUUUACUCUGCCCUGAACUGUAAACGCAGCUUUAAAAGCUGGCAUUGCUCUCCAGUAUCUUCCACCCUUCACCGAGCACUGACCGCAUCAUUCCCUUGAUUUAACUGGUCACCAGCUGCCGAAUUUAAUGUAGGGGCAAGGCAAGCCCUUUAAAUGGGAUCACCUACUCAGAGCAGGCCUGCUGACUAAGAGGGAACAAGUGCAGCUACAAGGAGAAGCAGAAGGCUGUAAUCAGCAUUCACUCGCAUCCUGUCGGUUCCCAAACACUAUCACUGCCACGAGGAGUCGUCCCCUACCCAAAAAGAUUUAAAAUCCUCUUUCAAAAGAUGAAAAGUUAGUGACGGACUUUUGCCAUCUCUUAACAUGGCUCUGGCUUGUAAUUGUAAUGCUGGCAGCCAUGAGUUUUUGGAAAUGUCCUUGCACUAGCUUACGUCUUUUGAAAUUGGUGGAGCUGAUGUCCUUUGUGGUUGCUGUCUGCAGCGACUGUACUUCUCCAGGGUGACAUUUUGGACCUCUGAAAGCUGUUCCUCCAAGCACAUCCCCAGCAGGACCUGCUGAACCCCUUUCUUUAAUGUUUUGUAUUUCACUCCAAAAGGGCAUUUCUCUUUAUCUUUUAGUACAUCCCAUAAGACAAGUCACAUGUAAAAACUGGUAAUGUCUUAUUUAUGAACUUGGUCUUCAGGCACUUUUGUUGAAUGAGCUUGUCUAAAAGGGAAGAUACUGUACUUAAAUCCUUUGUCUUUUUCUGUUUCUGAAAACGUGGAGUAAAAACUGGAAAUUCUUGGUGUGCUGAGGAGAGACAGCGCUGCAGGGCUAUUCUGAAGUUUGUGUUUUUGUGCACUGCCGUCAACAGAGCAUCAUUUAUUCCCCUUUAAAGAAAAGGUGUGCUCUGGGCUUUAUUGUGUCCAACAGCCACUCACGUUUGAGCCAGAAAUAUUGUAAGAUGUGGCAAUUUCUGAUGCUGUCCUAGUUUGCACUUUUUCUUAAUUUUUUUAUAUAUGUUGCUUUCAUUUUUGUACAGCUGUGGCCCUGGAUUGCAAUGUAUUCUACUUUGACUUGGCUCUGAAGUAUUUAUAAAAUAGAUCUAUCUUAUUCAUAAUACGUAUAUGUAUAUUAUGGUCAGAAAAAAGAAUAAUCUGUGUAUUGUUUCUAAAGAAUGAAGGGAUUUUUGUAUGAAAUCUUGUUUCAGUACACAACAGUUUUAAAUAUAACUCGGGUAAGUGUUUCUUCUAUGAAGUGUAUGUGUGAGUCUGCCAACUUUCAAAGCAACACAUCACUGACUCUGCCUAUUGUUAAAUCAAUGAGCCAUCAUUCUGGCUGUCCUUAGGGACCAAUGCUAAUUUUUAAUCCACAAGAGAUACUUUACGUACCUUCUGACCAUGCUUUUCAGCCAAAUUUGCCCACUACCAACUCAUCUGGUAGCGGUCCAAACCCAUUAAAUGCAGUCUGACUGCUGGGACCAGAAACAUGCCACUUGGUGGUUCUUCAUCCAACACAUACACUUGUUUACAUAUACAGGAAAUGCUUCCCCUACAAUUAUUGAAUUGUUAUUUUUCCCAAUGAGCUCAUGGCUGAGGCCUUUUACAUUGAAUAUGUGAUAAAAUUGCUCUCUUAUUUUGAAACA